AUGUCUCAGCGCGACCCUUGGACCCUCUUUUCCCUUGUGCCCGCUAAUCAACGAGCAACGGACGUCGUCAUGCAUGUGUCGAACCGACAUCUUAUGCGCUUUGAUGCUGGCACGUAUGUUCUUGACGUCGGGCGGGUUCGCUCCAUGUCCGGCGCUGACAUGACUCUCGCAACUUUGGGUCGUAACGGCGAUGUGUUUGUGGAAGGCUCCAUGAUCGCCAAGAUCCAGUGCUCCUUUGAGUUAGAAGGGACAUCCAGCUUUGUCAUGUUUUACGAUAGGUCGCAUGGGCAGACCUCUCAGGUCUUCGGGGAUAAUGUGGCUCAAUUCGUCAGUGGACGACCUCGCAGGCUCGCUCUGCCAACCACCAUGGACAUUACCAUCGGCAUGGGUGGUCGCCAGCAAGACUACGUCCGGUUCAGACUAAGGUGGUACGUUGAGAAUCCUGCUGAGGCCAUGAGGGAGAUGGUCAAGAACGGACAAGCCGCUACUCGCCAAGAAAACCCACGCCUUGCACGGACGGCAGCUGAGGCUGAUACCGUCUUGCCAUCUCAGCGCCAGACCAGGAUUCACACGCACGUUCCCGAGCCGAAAUUACGAUAUCAAAUGGGAGAGAUUCUUGGUGCCGGACAAUACGGAAGCGUGCAUUCAGCCUUCAACUGGGACACCGGUAAAUUGAUGGCCGUCAAGGUCUUCAAGCGCCCCGUGACAACUACGGAGCAGUGGAAAAUCUUGACGGGUGAAAUUGAAAUUCUCUCCAAGAUGCGCCACCCGCGGAUCGUCGACUACAUUUCGUCCGAAGACCGCCACGGGCCUCAUCCCAAGAUAUUCAUGGGUCUCAAAGACGGCACCUUGACGCAAUUGGUGAAGGACGGAUGUACCCAAUUCCUUGCCGAGAUUCUUAGCAGGCACAUGCUUGAGGCCCUCGCAUUUCUUGCGGGACAGGGCAUCGUCCACCGUGAUGUGAAGCCCGACAAUAUCCUUUACGUUCGCCCACCCAACCAAAGCACACACCCUUGCUUUCAGCUCGGGGACUUCGGCUUUGCCAGCCACACCGAAUUUGCCUUCGGACGCGUGGGAACGCCGCUCUACCGGGCUCCCGAGAUUACUUCUGGCAGUCACCGGCAGACCCCUAAAGUCGAUGUGUGGUCGCUGUUUGUGACGAUGCUAUGGACCCUGAACGUUGACGGAUUCCGCGAGAAGUCGAACCGGGACAUAGUUGAUGACGACAUCAUAAACCUUAUUCAACAGGCCUCGAAGGUUACCGAAGUUGGCAAAAUUGCCCCGAUGGCGCAAGUAAACCCGGAGAACCGUCCUUCCGCCGCGCAAAUGCUACCACUAUGCCUUGAUCUAUGA